CUUAAUGCAUCGCUAUAUGCCACUCUCCUUGAUUGCUUCGCUGCAUCAAUUAUUUAUAAUACAAGCAAGAAAACCAAACAAGGAAAAGAAGAAAAUGGUAAAAUAUCACCAUAUCCUGUGUCUCUCAACUCUAUCCUUGUUUCAAUGCUGCCUCUUCAUACCAUGUCCCUGUGCUGCUACAACUAGUACUAGGCCAUUGAGGCCAACCAGCAAGCUUGUAGACGCUGUUUGUCGCAAAACAUAUUCAAGUUACUCCUUCUGUGUGGAGUCUCUCUACAGCGACCCACGGACUCCAACUGCUGAUAGAUAUGUGCUCGCCUACAUCUCCUUUGGGUUAGCGUACUUCAAUGCCUCCACCACCCAACACCAUGUUGCCCACCUCCUAAACAAGACUGUAGGAGCACAACAACUACAACUGCGACAAUGUUACCAUGAUUAUAACGGGGCUGUUUCUGCGUUGCAACUCGCUUACGAUGACCUCAAUUCCGAGACUUUUUUGGAGCUUGCAAAUUUGGCAGGUGUUGCUUCUCUUGCUGCCGAUGAUUGCCAAGCUGCUUUCAAUACCACUUCUUCACCUCUCACCAAAAUGAAUCGUGAUCUCAAGGGUCUGUGUAAAAUCUGUGUGGUUGUUUCUAACCUCUUUACUGGACUUGCUUAGAAAGGUUGAUCUUUUCUUUUUUCAACUUAUGAUUCAUAUGGAGCUACGAACCUAAUGGAAUGCAAUAGUGAAUGUUGAUAUACGUACGUGAAUCACCUGUU